AUGGGUGCAAGUUGCAAAGAUCAGAAAAUAGCAUUGGCAAUUUGCCUACAGCGAUCCCCAUGCGUCUUGAUAGAACGUAACACGCCAAAGGAUUGUCUCACCAAGCCUGAACUAAAGAAAGACCUACCGGAGCUAUGCAAGGCGAAUCUCAGAGCUUUUUUGGAAUGCAAGAACGGUGUGUUUGAUAUGAGGAAGAGGAUGAAAGGAAAUGCACCAUUAUCGACUGGGAAAUACGACGAGACUUAUGACAAGUUGAGUUCUGGUCAGUUUGAUCCUAGAGAGGAAAUGAGAAAGCUAGAUGUCAUGAAUAAGAACUUGUCGAAACAGGCACAGAUCCAAGAGCAGAGGGAGAAGAUGAGACUUGAAAAAAAUGAGAGUUGA